AUUUAAUCUUGUAUACUUUAUCUUGUUUUAUGAGGAUUAGCAGUAAACAAAGAAAGCAUGACCAAGUAUUAUUUUCUUCUUAGUGUAAUCAGAUGGGUAAUGUAUUUCUAAGGAAUUUUUUAUGUCUAAAAGAGUUCUUCACCAUGAAGGAUCCUCCAGCACAAAAUACCUCAUUCACUGUCUUCACAUUAAAUGGUUUCUACAGCCUUGGUGAAUGGAGGCCUUUUUUAUUUAUCCCCUUUUUCCUGCUGUUUGUGUUGUCUGUCACAGCUAAUUCUAUUCUCAUUUAUUUAAUCAAAUCUCAAAAGUCUCUGCAUUCUCCGAUGUAUGUACUAAUAGGUGUCAUGGCUGUUGUAGACUUGAUUUUGCCCAUAAUAUUUGUGCCUAACAUGCUUUUUAGCUUUCUAUUCAACUGGAGUGGGAUAUCCCUAACUGGUUGUUUGAUACAAAUGUUCAGUCUUCAUUUUGUUGGAACUUUUCAAAAUACGUUGCUUUUGUGGAUGGCACUGGACCGCUACUUUGCAAUAUGCAAACCUCUUUUUUAUCAUAAAUGCAUGGAAAUGACAAACUUUCUGAAGUUUGUUGCUGUGCCAGUAAUCAGAAAUGUACUCUUGAUUAUCAUCAUGGUCUCUCUGGUCGGAAGACUCUCAUAUUGUUUAACAAAUGUUAUUGAUCAUUGUUUUUGUGAGCACAUGGCUUUGGUCCAGCUAGCAUGUGGAGAUACAUCCGUAAAUAAUAUUAUAGGACUGGUGUCUGCUUUCCUUAUCCCAACUGCUGAUUUUAUUGUCAUUACCCUUUCAUAUGUUGUCAUUUUUACCUCUGUUUUGAAAUCCGGAAAAGCUCACGCGAAAGCUUUGAACACUUGCAUUACUCACUUAAUUGUCUUGACGUUUAGUCUGACUUCAGCACUCACAGCAUUUUUGUCAUACAGAAUAAAGAAUAACAUUUCUUCCAAUAACCGUGUGUUUAUAAGCAUUGUAUACUUAUUUUUACUUGUUGUUUUCACCCAUUGAUUUAUGGAUGGAGAACAAAGGAAAUAA